CGCUAUAAGAAAAUAAGCCGACACACUUUCCUUAUCUUAUUAUGCUAAACGAAACAAAAACAAAAUUUCCGUUCCACGUUAUUCCAAAGGGUAUAUAUUUUCGCCAGCAAACAAACGGAGCCGUAACCAUAGUACAAGGUUCAAAUUAAACCUCUCCCUUCGUCUUUACUCUAUAGGCUCCGUCGGUGACAGAAGAGAGAUGAGAAGACGCACCGUUUACGCAUGGGGAGUUGCGAUUCUCUCCUUCGUAGUUUUGAUGAUCGUCACGCCCGCCAUCCCUCAAUCUCAAGAGUACCACGAUUUCGCCGAUCAACGCGAAUUCUUCGGUAUACCCAAUACGUUAAAUGUGGUUUCGAAUUUCCCUUUCCUAGUUAUCGGGGUCGUAGGUCUUGUACUUUGUUAUUAUAAGAAUUAUUUCAAGUUAUGUUUGCAAGGUGAACUAUGGGGUUGGACUUGUUUUUUCAUUGGUGUGGCUGCUGUUGGAGUUGGUUCCUCGUACUAUCAUCUCCAGCCAAAUGAUGCUCGGCUUGUGUGGGAUAGAUUGCCGAUGACUAUUGCGUUCACUUCAAUCAUAGCAAUAUUUAUUAUUGAAAGAAUUGAUGAGCAGAAGGGAACAGUUUCCAUCAUACCACUGCUGCUGGCAGGCGUAAUCAGUAUCAUGUACUGGAGGUUUUUUGAUGACCUCCGGCCUUAUGCCCUGGUCCAGUUUGUUCCUUGCAUUGCCAUCCCACUGAUGGCUAUUUUGUUGCCCCCAAUGUACACGCAUUCCACAUUUUGGUUAUGGGCAGCAGGAUUCUAUCUUUUAGCUAAGGUAGAAGAAGCAAUGGAUAAAGUAAUAUAUAAAUGGACCCAUCAUAUUGUCAGUGGGCACACCCUCAAGCACUUGUGUGCUGCCAUGGUUCCUGUCUUUUUAACACUUAUGCUGGCAAAGAGGACAAUUGAAACUGAGAGGAUAAGCUUACUGAAGACAUGGAAGGUUUCAUGGACAAAGUUCAAGAAAAAUGGUUCCGAGGUGGAAAGUUGCACGUGUACCUACACCAGUGUUCAAGCUGAGGAAUCACACUGACUUGCACUUAUGGCAUAUACUUUAUGUAACAAGACCGAUCCAAACAGAUCACUCUAACUUUCACUUAAAGAACACUGUUUCAAAAGAGAAAUAGGUUCGAAAUUUGAACACUCUGUCAUGUUUGUAAAUGUUUUAUAGCAAAAUAUUCUUUCUAAUG